UAACAGACCUGAGAUUCAGGCGGUGGGGUGAAUAUUUGUAUUAAUGUUUUUUCUAUUUAUCUAUUGACAUGAGCACGCAUAGGUCUACAUCCUAGCAAUGGGUUAGUAGUUAGGCUAUUGAAAAGCCUAAAGUAAAUAUUUAACAGCAUCAGGCAACUGUAUGAUAGAAUUUAGUUUUGUUGUACAAUUACUAUUUUAUUUUACAAAUAAAAUAAUCGUUGCAGAAUAACCUUAGGCUAGACUUUGCAACAUAUAUAUAUAGGCCUACAGAUAAAACAAAUAUAACAGUUGUAACUUUUUCAUAGGCUAUCGCUAUUAUUGUCGCUUUAAAUUGGUUGAAAGACAGUAAACGUGCGCGGAAACGUGAAACACAAAAUCGUGGUCUAAGUGUAAAGCGAGGCGCCGCUCAUGUAAGCUCCAACAGCUGGCUGGAAGUCCGUACUGAAUAGUUUUUUUUUUUUUUUUAUAUCCAUAACGCAUGUUUCCGCGAGUAUCGCCCGCCUGGAUUGUUCAUGGGCAGUUACGUUAUUGAGAGAGACGCCGGUUAAAAUGGAGAAUGUGUUGUCGAUCCUUUUUGAGAACUGCGUUUUGGGUGUAACUUUGCCCUUACACCGGUAGUCGAAUGCACCCACGUCGGGGCCUCGGGAAGAGACGUCUCAUGGCAGAGGGAUCGGUCUGCCCUGAAACUCGUACCACACAACUCUUCAGGAAACAUAAUACGAACCUGGAACAGCUGUGAAUUCACAUUUGACUAUAAGAUCUUUACGGAACACUCAUGGGAAUAUGACCUGGAGCGUGAAUUUACACGUAAACAAAUUCUAAAGUUAUAUAUUUUUUUCAGCGGAAAGCUAUCCCCUUGCUUCGCCGUGUUGCUACUUCGCUACAGUGAAGCCGUUCAAGUGCGACCACACCCUCUCCGUUUCCUGAUAGCACAGAAGAUGUAGCUGGAGCUCAAAAACGACUUUUAGUUUGGAAACACGACUUCUUCUGCCCGGGUGCCUUUUUAUGAUCUACUGUGAAAGUGAAAGACGAGUUGCUACGGGUUAUGGCCACAGUUCAAUAGGGAUAUGACUGCUAUGGGUAGCAAACCCACAAGGAUGCAGGAUAUGCUGGACUACGCGUUCACUCCCCGCGUUUUGCUAAAAGGGGCGCAUGGACAAUAGAUAUGCCGUUGGAAUCAAACCUGCCCAAGGAACUAGUUUCUGUGACGGGAUUGUGUAUGAAAAAGAAAAGGUUGAAAGUCUCUAGAGGGCCGUUACCGCGGGCUUGUUGCUCUUUUGAAGGCUUUUAUUUGGGAAGACUCAUGGAAUGAUGAUGCUGAAGUGGCGCACGCUCCAGAAGAGGUCGAACGGAACUGCCCCGGUGGUGCCCUUUUCAAAACAGGCACGAGCCUGUCUCCCAGCCAAGCUAGGGUGGUCAAACUUAUUAGAAUCAGAUCAGGUAACUAUUAGGUGAAGUUAUAUCCUGCCCCAAAGCGAGGAGGUGAUCUAGAGUUGUAUCGUUUAGUGAAGGUGUAACAUAAAACAAAGUCUUAAUAUGUGUACCUUGUAAACUCGAAUAUUGGAUGUAAUUACAAUUUUAGAGUAUAUCUAAGUUUUUUAUUUUUUAUUUUAAGUCUGCACUAAAGUAAGGCACAUUGUUGGCACCGCAGUGUGUGAUUUCCACCAGUACAGUACUUAAAACAGCAACCUGUGAAUGUACGAGGUAGCCAAGGGUUGAAUUCUGAAGGAAACAUUCAGGGCAUUUAAUUUAACUGUAAACAUGCAAACGAAUAUGUUAUGAACACUGAUACAUUUAAAGUUAUAUUUUGAAGGGAUUUUAACCAAGUCUAUUUUGAUAUUUGGUGUCACCUCUGUAUACAUGGUUGAAUGGUCACAGUUAGAAAUUAUUUCAACUCUGAACAUUCAUAGGUGAUUGAUUUAACACCUUGACACGGUCAUCACGAUUUUGAUCUCAUCAAAUAUUGACUUUGGAAAUGUCCUGUGCUUUUUCAGAAUAUGUUCUUGCUCAUUACAGUGGAUAUCACUUACUCUGAAGGACUUUAAGGAAGACUGUUUGGCCAGUUUCAACUCUUUAGACUUUGUAAAAGAGGUGCGGGGAUAUAUUUGAACGUAGUAUAAAAUGUCUUAGAUAUACAAUGGGGUGUUCGGCCACAUAGAUCAGUCUACAACCCAGACCCAGACAGGAGUAGCUACAGACCUGUAUUAUGGCUAGCAGUGGCUCUGGGAAGUCAGCUAGCGAAGGAUCCGUCAACAGCCCCAGCGGCAGCCUCCAGCAGAGGAGGAAGCUGUCCUCCAUCUGUGACACGUGCAAGGGCAAGGUGCAGCUGGUGGCUGACCUCCUCCUGCUCUCCAGCGAGACCCGGCCGGUGAUCACCUCCGAGGGCCUGUCGGUGGCCGAGACCUUCGAGCAGUGCCGGGACACUGUGAUCGCCCGGACCAAGGAGCUCUCCAUCCUCACCCACGACAUCCAGAGCCAGCUGAACAUGGGCCGUUUCACCGAGGUGGGCGACCGCCUGCUGGAGAUGGGGGACCUGGUGGUGUCCCUGACCGAGUGCUCCGCCCACGCCGCCUACCUGGCGGCGGUGGAGACUCCGGGCUCGCAGCCCUGCCUGGCCGGCCUGGUGGAGCGCUACAAGGUGACGCGCUGCCGGCACGAGGUGGAGCAGAGCUGCGGCACGCUCCGAGUCACGGCCCUGGCGGACCUCACCCCCCAGCUCCUCCUGGAGCUCUCCCAGAACAUCUCCAGGAACCUGAAGACCCUGACGGACGCCUCCAGCCUGGCCAGCGAGAGGACCAAGGACCGCUUCGCCAAGGAGCAGUUCAAGCUGAGCGUGAAGAGCAUGAGCACGAGUGGCACCGCCUUCCUGGCGUGCGUCCGAGAGGUGAAGACCCAGCCCAGCGAGCUGACUCGCAACCGCUGCGUCCUGUUCAGCGCCGCGCUGGUCCAGGCCGUCAACGCCCUGGUGGGCUUCGCCACGGAGCCCCAGUUCCUGGGCCGGGCCGCCACCAUCUCCCCCGAGGGGAAGGGGGUGCAGACGGCAGUGUUGGGGGGCGCCAUGAGCGUGGUGUCGGCCUGCGUUCUCCUCACCCAGGGUCUCCGGGACGUAUCCCAGCAUCCCGAGAGCAGCGCCAAGAUGGCGGACUACCGAGAGCGCUUGCGUAACUCGGCGUGCGCGGUGUCGGACGGAUGCACGCUGCUGUCCCAGGCGCUGAGGCAGCGCUCGUCCCCCCGGGCCCUGCCCCCCGUCAACUCCCAUCCUGUGAAUUAGUUUCCUCAACAGUUACCGCAUCAACCCGCAUGAAGUGAGAGACUCACUGGGUUUUGGCCUGUGCGUUCAGCAUGCCCAGGUUUAGACAGGGCCUGUUCAGUCUGUUCUGUGAAUGAGGAGAGCUUCGGGAGAUUCGCCGAGCUCAGAGACGAUCGCGUCGAGGUUUUGGCCGCGCUGGAUGCGUCUGGAACCUCAGAAGGAACUGACAGCCUGUACUCCAGCCCCACUCCUCGCUCACCUGCUCACCCUCUACUAAAACAACAACAACAGUGAUCUCAAAACCUGUAAAGUUUACCUCAGUUUUCCGCUAUGGUGAAAACGACAGACGUGACUAUGGAUGUAUCCUCAGUGUGUGAGCGUUGCCUAGGUGAUCUGUAGGAGUACAUGUGCUUAGUAAGAGUGGGAAGAGAGUAGCGAUGCUUGUGUUUCAUUGUGUGAAUUCUAAUUGGGUAAAAGCUGCUGUGAGUGUGUGCCUUUGGUUUUACACUAUUUACCAGACUUACCAUAGUAUUUGUAAUGUGUUUUGAUCAUGCAUGUAACGGAGUAUUUAUUUCAAAUAUUAAAAAAAUGUUGUUUCUCAUA